AGAAAGAAAAGAUUAAUGUCAAAUUUUAGCUAAGGUUUAAAAUCAUUCUUACUAAAAUAUUAAACCUAUCACAUCAAAUUCCUAAUACAUGUGUUAUGUAUCAAAACAAAACAAGAAACAACCAAUUCUUCCCAUGACAUAUUUUGCUAAAUACAUAUUUUACAAUUCCAACCUCCAAACCACCCCUGAAAAGAAAACCAAAAGUAUAAUACAUGUAUUAUACAUAUAUAUAUAUAUAUAUACCACAGGCACUGAAUUAGCUAUCAGAAACCAUCAACCUCCGAAAGCAAAUCACCGACCACCUUUUUGCUAAGAAAAAUGUCGCCGGCCGUUGUUAUCUACCUUCUCCUAGCUCUCCCUCUCAUCCUCGUGCUCUUUCUUUCCCGACGACAAAAGAAAAGCUCCAAUCUCUCUCUGCCACCUGGCCCUCCUGGCCUUCCCUUCAUCGGGAACUUGCUCCAGCUGGAUCCCACUGCACCUCACCGCUACAUGUGGCAACUUUCUCAAAAAUACGGACCCGUGACGUCACUGAAGCUUGGCGGCAUCCGGGUCGUCGUCGUUUCGACCGCCAAAAUGGCCGAGGAAGUCAUGAAAACUCAAGACCUCACUUUCUGCAGCAGGCCGCCGGCGGUUGGGCGGAAAAAGUUGACUUACGAGUGCCUAGACCUGGCGGCGGCGCCCUACGGUCCGUACUGGAGGGAGAUGAAGAAAGUGUGCGUGGUCCAUCUCUUCAACUCCAACAGGGUCCAAGGCUUCGGUCCCAUCAGAGAGUACGAGGUCUCCAAACUCAUGGAGAAGAUUUCUAAAUCUUCCUUGGCAUCCAAGCCUUUCGAUCUGUCCGAUGCCAUGAUAUCUCUAACGAGUUCCAUCAUUUGUCGGGUGGCUUUCGGCAAGAGGUACGAGGAGGAGGGAGCCGAGAGGAGCAGAUUCAAGCCUUUGAUCAAUGAGUCGCAGGCCUUGUUCACCAGUUUCUUUUUCUCCGACCAUUUCCCUCUCUUGAGUUUCGUGGAUCGGCUCAGCGGUUUGAUUAGCCGUCUGGACAAGAAUUUCGAGGAAUCCGACGCCUUUUACCAGGAGAUAAUUGACCAACAUCUCGAUCCCAACAGACCCAAACCGGAGCAAGAGGACAUUCUAGAUAUCAUGCUUCAGAUUUGGAAGGACCGCUCCUUCAAAGUCCAGCUCACAUUCGACAGCAUCAAAGCAAUUCUUAUGGACAUAUUCAUUGGUGGAACGGACACAAGCGCGACUACGGUGGUCUGGACAAUGACAUAUCUUAUGAAGAAUCCAAGAGCCAUGGAGAAAGCUCAAAAGGAAAUCAGACUCGCCAUCGGGAAGAAAGGUUUCGUGAAAGAAGAAGACAUUCAACAGCUAACUUACUUGAAAGCUGUGGUUAAAGAGGCGAUGAGAUUGCAACCUGCACUUCCAUUGUUGGUUCCAAGGGAAACAACCAAGAAAUGUAGCUUGAACGGGUAUGAAAUACCUGCCAAGACUGUGGUCUAUGUGAACACAUGGGCCGUCGGAAGAGAUCCGGAAGCUUGGGGAGAGAAUCCAGAGGAGUUCAAACCAGAGAGGUUCAUUGGAACGUCCAUCGAUGUGAAAGGCACUGACUUUCAACUGCUACCAUUUGGAGCUGGGAGGAGGUUGUGUCCUGGAAUCCACAUGGGGCUGGUCACUGUAGAGCUUUCACUUGCUAAUUUGCUUUAUGCUUUUGACUGGGAGAUGCCGGCCGGAAUGAAGACUGAAGACUUGGACAUGGAUGUGAUGCCGGGCAUUACGAUGUACAAGAAGAAUGCUCUGCGCCUCGUAGCUAGAAAGCAUGUAUAAUUAAGAAACCCGACCGCUCGCUCUUAAUCCUGAUGUUCAUUUCGAGUUUUACUAGUUUGAUUUACAGCUUUUCAACAUUUUACUAUCGGCUUGGCCGGUGAAUGUAAAAUUCCAGUAAGCCAUUAGUUCUCAGAAUGACAACUCAAUUGUACGUGUUGAUUUUCAAACACAUACUGAACGGAUUGAAGCAAUCGAUUAAAAGGAAGAUUUGCUUUAUUAUUAGACAUUUUUCCAAACCAUAUAAGAGAACACAUUUUUUGUCAUGUAUUUUUUAGAGAGAUUCAGAGAAUAUGAGUUGAGAUUGCUUAUGCCUCUUUUAGUAACGUUAACUACAAUAAGUUGCAAACCAACAAGAGUAAAAAGAAAAAAAGUAAACCAAUUAUAAAUAAUUUUUAAAAUACUUAACUUUAGACUAAAAAUUUAUCACAUUCUCCUAUAUUAUCCUCCCCGACUCAAUUAAGUUCUCAUCAUCUAUUUAGAUGAUUCAAGUCAAUGUACUUAAUGUUUGAAUUAUUUUAAAUGAUAUUGUAAUAAUUUUUACUUAUUGAAUAGUUGUUUUGUUUAUGAUUUAUUAGUUUUUCAUUAAAAAAUUGGGCUGUAAUAGGACACGACCUCCAUAAUUUCAGAGCCGGCACUAAGCAAGACUUGUUGUCUGGAAAACACAUCAUAGUGGGCGAUAUGUUGUCUUGAAUUCACAGACCAAAGCCAAUAAAAUUAUUUGGAUUUUGAAUUUUGGGGACGAUUAUGUGUCACUUGUAUUGGGGAUGACUUUCAUGUUUUAUCGCAAAAGAAUCAAAGGACGGUUGACGCAAUUUGCGAGGUCGCGUUUGUCGUCUCCAAAAAAAAUAUCAAAAUAAGACCAUAAAAUCUUAGACUUAUUAGUUCACAGAAAGAAUAUAAAUAAAUUAUGGAAUCUCUCCUAUAAUUUCAGUUAAUAAAUUGAACUGAAAUUUCUUGAGUGGUAGCGGAUUUAUGGGUGAGUUGCGGUUUGAUGGAGGAAAGGCAGGGAUUGGAGGGAUUGAAUAUGGCUUUGGUGUUUAGACGUAUUUUUUAUAGAUACAGGCGAAUAAUAUUAUUAGAAAAAACAAACUGUACAACUGCUGGCAGAGAAGCAAGAGAGAAGAACCCCAAAGGCACCACAAUACGAACAAAGCACCUCCUAGAAAUGCCCCAAGGCUUGCAGAAGAACCACACGGAAAACGCAGAACAACUUAGACCAAGGACUGAGUUGAUGAGGCCAACCACGAAGGAUUAUGCGCGUAGUACCUUGCUAUGGAAGAUUUGGAAAUCUAGGAAUUGGGUAGUUUUUGAUCAUUUGCAGUAUACUACUAAUUCGCUAGUUCAUCAGUUUCAAUUUCAGGUAAGAGAAUGGUUGGAAUUGCCGAAUCAGGGGAUAGGGAGAGUGCGGGCUGGAGGUGUGCAAGUGGCGGAGGUUCCGGUCACUGCGCCAUUCUCUUGUUUUGUUGAUGGGGCGGUUUGUUUGGGGUCGCAUUCCUCGGGUGGUCUGGUUGUUCAGGAUCAGGAGGGUUCUAUCCUUUUUGUGCAAGGAUUUGUCUAUGCAAGUUUGACGGACCCGUAUCUGACUGAAUUAAUGGCAUUCUGGGAU